UUCUCUUUUCUUCCAGGAGGGGUAUUGGUAGUUUGGUACUUCACUGAUCUUGUGGAAUGAAAGCCACGUCCUGCUUGGGCUGAUGGCCUGAUGGAGAGUCAUUUUGCCUCUCUCUGAGGUACUCUCACUGCAAAAGUCUGAAAGUAUAGAGUGCUGCAUUCCUCUUGUCUCCAUCUUUGCUUUUCUUUAUGUUUCCUUGGUGGACUCCAACUCUGUGUCUGUAUAUUCACUUCCCAAGGAAAUCCUUUGAUCUCCUUCUGUUUCUGCUUCUCUUUUUGUUGGUUUCUAGUUUUGUCUACUUGGAAAAAUAAUCGAAAAAAAGAGAGGCAAAAAUCCAUUAGAACAAGAAUGGAAAGUAUCCCUAUUUCAAUUGCAGCGAAAAUAGCAGAGUACAUUGUUGCACCAGUUGGACAAUGGCUAUGCUAUUCAUGUCAUUACAGCAAAAACAAGGAGAAUCUGAAGACUCAGGUAGAGAGGCUACAACAUGCUAAAGAGAGGUGCCAACUGUCCGUUGAUGCUGCUUUAAGAAAAGGGGAGAAAAUUCAUUCUGAUGUUAACAAGUGGUUGACAGAGGUUUAUGCAAUUACAGAAUCGGCCACUAGAAUGCUUCUUGAAGGUGAAGAAAAAGCAGAGGGGAGGAGCUCUCAUGCGACAUGCCUGAACUUGAAGCAACGACAUCGAUUAAGCCGAGAAGCAAAUAAGAUAGCGAGAAAUAUUGUUAAACAUCUUGAAAAUGGAAACUUCAACACAGUUUCCUUUCCUCCUGCUGCACAAGAUCAUAUGGGGACUACAGGAGUCGAGAAUUAUGUGACCUUGGAGUCGAGAACAUCAGUUGUGAACGGAAUUAUGGAGGCAUUGGGAGAUGCUAAUAUCAACAAGAUUGGCGUGUGGGGGAUGCCCGGAGUUGGAAAGAGUACACUGAUGAAAGAAAUUAAGAGGCGAGCCAAGGAAGAAAUGUUAUUCCAUGACGUUGUUCUGGAAGCUGUCACAGAGAUCCCAGACCUGAGUCGAAUUCGAGGAGAAAUUGUGGUCAAGCUAAAUCAAGCGCGUCAUCGUCAACAAACUGAAAUCGGAAGAGCAAAUCUACAACAAGAGAGUUCAACAAAAGACGCGAAGUUACUCGUUAUCCUGGAUGAUAUAUGGAAGCCAAUUGAAUUGGAGGACAUAGGAAUUCCUUCUAAAGAAUGCAAAGUAGUAUUGACAUCGAGAAAUCGAGAUGUAUUAGUUCGUGAGAUGGACACCCAAAAGAAUUUUAAACUCAAGAGUUUAGGAGAAGAAGAAGCGUGGAACUUAUUUGAAAAGAUGGCGGAUGAUUCCUUCAAGGAUCCUGAUGUGCGAGAAGUAGCUAUUAAGGUAGCUAAAGAGUGUGCUGGUCUUCCGGUUGCACUUCCAACAGUUUCUAAGGCAUUAAAAGGUAAGAGUUUGAGUAUAUGGCAGGAUGCAGAGUUGCGACUAAAGAGACCCCCUCCUGUAGACGUCCCAGAAAUAGUGUCACCCAUAUAUUCUUGCAUAGAGCUGAGUUAUAAUCAUCUUGCUGAUAAAGAGCUCAAAUCCCUCUUUUUGCUUUGCGCUCUACUAGGCCAGUUCUACAUCUACUAUCAGGACUUGUUGAGAUACGGUUUCGGUUGGGGUUUAUUCCAAGGCAUUGUUACAUUGAAAGAAGCAAGACACAGACUAGAUAGUUUAGUUAGUAAUCUACAAGACUCUUGUUUGCUACUUGAAAGUUCGAAUACCUCUGGGGCAUUUUACAUGCAUGAUGUUGUUCGUUAUGUCGCUACAGUAAUUGGAUCAAAGGAUCGUAAUAUGUUAGCCAUGAGAGACAGUGGUGGGCUAAAAGCAUGGCCGGAUGUAGAUUCACUCAAAACAUGUCAAGCGUUCUCUAUUCUUGGUGGAGAUAUCGAUCAACUUCCCAAUGAAAUGGAAUGUCCCGAAUUAAGACUCUUUUAUGUCCAUUUAGAAGAUCGUUCUUUACAAAUACCGGACACUUUUUUCCAAAGAAUGGUAAGGCUCCAAGUUUUAGAUUUGGCGGAAACGCAACUUCCAUCACUUCCUUCGUCUCUUCUUCAUCUUAGAAACCUACAAACAUUAUGUUUGGAUCAAUGUGUGUUGGGAGACAUAUCUGGGAUUGGAGAACUCAAGAACUUAUUAAUUCUUAGUCUUCUUCAUUCUGACAUUUCAAAACUGCCAAGAGAAAUAGGGUCGUUGGUUCAUUUGCGGUUGUUAGAUUUGAGGAAUUGUUCCAAACUCGAAAUGAUUCCCCCAAAUGUCAUAUCAAGGUUGGUCAAAUUAGAAGAGUUGUAUAUGGGAAACAGUUUUGAUCACUGGGAGGCUGAAGGUCCCAAUGAUGAAAGAAAAAAUGCCAGCCUUGCUGAGCUCAAGCAUUUGUCAAAGUUGACGUCUUUAGAGAUACAAAUUCCAGAUGCCAACAAUCUACCGGAAGAUAUAAUGUUCGAAAAGUUGGAGAGAUACACAAUAUGCAUAGGAGACGUCUGGCAGUGGAUUGAUAGUGCUGAUCAGUCCUCAAGAACACUAAAACUCAAGCUUAAUUCAAACUUUCAAUCGAAAUUUUGGAUCAAAAUGCUAUUAAAGAGAACGAGAAGGCUUCAUUUAGAUGAGUUGGAUGGUGUUAAGAGUGUUAUACCUGAAAUAGAUGAAGAAGGUUUUAAACAACUUAUGCAUCUCCAGAUCCAAAAUAAUGGUGAGAUAAAGCAUAUCCUUAACUUGAGGACACCAGUUAUUGCGUUUCCUACCUUGGAGACGUUCGUUCUGGAAAAUAUGAUUAGUUUGGAAGAAAUAUGUCACGGCAAACUUUGCCUGACAUCCUUUAAAAACUUGAUAGUUUUAAAGGUGAUAAACUGUGAUAAAUUAAGAUAUGUCUUCUCAUCAUCCAUUGCCAAGGGCCUUCCAUUACUUGAAGAAUUGGAGGUAAGAAGUUGCAACAACAUGGGUGCAAUAGUCGCGAAAGAAGAAGAAGAUGGAGAUACGAUAUUAUUCCAUAAACUGCAUACCUUGGAUCUGAAGGAUCUUCCAAAGCUCGUGAGCUUCUUAAGCACAAAAACUUCAUUCAUGACUGAUUGCGGAGAAAUCAUUAUGGAGGGCAACCAAGAUAUUCACAUGCCACUUCUACAUCAUCAGGUUGCCUUCCCUAGCUUGAAAAAACUAAUGAUGAUGAGUCUACCCAAGAUAAAGCACGUAUGGAGUCUGAAAAGUUUCUUUCCAACCUCAGUCAUUAGCAAUCUGGAACAAUUGAAAAUACUCCGUAUUGAAGAUUGUGGGAUCGAGGAAAUUGUUGCAGAUGAAGGAGGAAGAGAUCAAGCAGUAGCAAGGUUGGUGUUCCCUCGAGUAACUACAUUGUGUCUUCACAAUUUACAUAGACUCAAGUGGUUUUACAAAGGAGUGCAUGUUUCAAAAUGGCCGAUGCUGAAAACGAUGUGGAUCUUAGGAUGCAAGACAGUUAAGAUAAUUGCUUCCGGAGUUGUGUACUUUCAAGAGACAAUUGAAGCGUGGCAGUCUGGGAUGUCCUUUAAAAUACCCCUUUUCUUGGUGGAUGAGCUCUCAUUCCCGAGCCUGGAGAAACUGGCCAUUGAGAGAAUGGAUAUGUUGGAAAUUAUAUGGCAGGAUCAAGUCUCCGCCAGUUCCUUUUCCAAUAUUCAAAUUUUGUUGAUUUGGGCUUGUCGAAAGUUGCUCGACGUCUUUCAAUCUAAUCUACUUACAACAACAUUCAUGCAACGUCUACAUACUCUAAAUAUACAAGACUGCAGUUCGUUAGAAUGUAUAUUUGAAAAGUUGGAGGAGGGACAAAAUGUGGAUUUUGGAAGGGGAGCAGACUUUGAACUGGCCUUCAUUGGAACAAUUGGUACUGUGGAAAUGUGA